AGCAGCAGCGGUGGUGGUGGCGGCAGUGGCAGCAAAACCUGACUGAAGUUGGUAUCUGCCACAAACAAGUUGUGACACUGUUCCACUGAGAGCAACUCUCUCUGACGUCUGCUGUUGAUUAACAGAAUAAAACUGUCUGUUGUGAAGAAAAGGAGAAAAUGUCGCUGAAGAUUUUUGAGACAAAGUGGAAAACAGCUCUGACUUCCAUCCUGGAGGAGCUGACCGAGCCGCAGUUCAGGAAGUUGAAGUUCAACCUGGGCAAAAUUCCUCAAGGUGUGAAGACGGACAAGACCAGAGAAGAGAUCCCGUACAUAAUCAUCCAGUACUACGGGACAGAGGGGUCCAUCACUGUCAUAGACAAAGAGAUGAAGCAGUUACCCAGGAAUGAUGCUGCUGUCCAGGAGCACCUGCGCCCCUUCGUGGAGAAACUGAAGAAACAACGUCAGAAAGAAAAAAAGACGACAACCAAAAGUGUGAGUGCGUCAGGACUGGUGGCCAAGAAGCAAAAACCUGCAGCUGUGACUGUGAGCAAACCUGCAGCUGACUCAGGAUCAGUGGCCAAGAAGCAAAAGCCUGCAGCUGUGACUAUGAGCAAACCUGCAGCUGACUCAGGAUCAGUGGCCAAGAAGCAAAAACCUGCAGCUGUGACUAUGAGCAAACUGGCAGCUGACUCAGGAUCAGUGGCCAAGAAGCAAAAACCUGCAGCUGAUCAUGUUGGAGUUGUGAAGCCCAGACAGAAAACAGAGAAACCUGCUGAAUCCACCAAAACCUCCCAGGUCCAAAGUGCUCCUGUCCAGACGGGGAGGAUUAAAAUACUGAGACUGAAAAUGUCCAAUAAGACCAACACUCACCUGGAGGUCGAGUUCAACGACCAGGUGCAGACGUUCUUCAUCACAACUCGACUUCUGGCGAACACACUCGACUUCAGAGCGGAUGACGAUUUAGCGUGGAGACUGUUAUCUGAAUUGCCGCUCACAGCAGAUGCAAAAAUUCAAGGAAAUAAAAUAAUUGAAAUGAAAAGGUGUAAAUAAACUGCACAUUGAACCAACUCUGUUUACAUCCAGUACUGAGGAUUUUUUAAUACAUCAUGUGUGUGUACAUGUGUGUUCCAGUUAAAACUGCCCUGACUCCGUUACACACUGUUUUUCAGCAGGUUCCUGUUAAAAAACAAACACAAUGUGCAGCUGUUUCAUCAGGAUGGUUUAUGUAUUCUGUCUUUGUGUGAUAUUCCUGGUGCUUCAGUAGCUGACUUCUUCUUUUUUUAAUUAAACAGCCACUUGUGGCAGAUAACCCA